AUGGAGAGAGUGUGGGACUCUGAGAGAGACUUCCGGCUGGGCACCCCCAGGAGGCUUUCUUCACCAAAGGUUUGCACCGAGCCCACCCAGGACAGUGGGCUGAGCCUGUGGCAGAGGCUGGCAGGAGGUCUCGUUGAGGCAGCGAGGGCUCCCUGCGCGCGGGCGCUGAGGGCAGCUGCAGGAGUCACGCGUGUGACAUCCAACCAGGAGCCGUGCCCUGAGCAGGCCAGGAAGGAGGAGACAGGGCCGCUGAAUGCACACCGCCGCGGUGUGGGGAGCGGCCUCAGACACCUAAGGGUAGGACCGGCCCUCUCCCCCGCGACCCCCAGCGCCUGGGUCCUCUCCCGGCCUCUUCGAGGCGUGGCCUACCCCAGGCAUGGCCCCACCCCGCCCCAGGCCGCCCCUCCGAUCCCUCGGGUUUACCUCAUCUCCUGCGCGCCUUCCCCUCACCUAGUCCCCCAAAUCCCGGCCCCCACCUGGCUCCCCCUCCCACCUGGCCCCCAGGGCCCGGCGCCCGGCUCACCCGCCUCCCGCGCACCCCCUCCCGGGCGCCCUCUCCCGCGCGCCUCCCCGACCCCCCUCGGGCCCCAGCUGACCCCACCUUCCGCCCCAACCCCGCCCGGAACAGGGCCGCGCUUACCGGGUCCCCUCCCAGGCAGCGGCAGGAAAGAGGCGGGCGGAGGAUGCAGGGGCGGGCCUGCGGCUCAGGCAGGAAGCGGGAAGGUCGGGCUUCCCUGGCUCCGCCCCGGCGGGCGGCCGGACUUCGGACGACCUGGCGUUUGGGGACGGCAGCAGACGCCCAAGCCCUGGCAACGCAGAGCCCCGCCGGGGACCGCGGGGACGGAAGUGGGGGACCGAGGCUCGCGAGCCCGAGCCCUCUUCGCAGCUGGGGCCCCACUGGCCGCCCCCGCGGGAGCGCUAAGGGAGAGGAGCCCGUGCGGCUGCAGGUUUUUAUUAUGGAGCUGUCAAGGUAGAAAGAGUCUGACUGUUUUCAUCGACAAUAAUUUGGCACCCAACGUGGGGCCUCAGAGAAGACUCAGGACCCCAAAGGAGUUGCCUGAACUCGGAGCUAAGAUACCAGUGGGCCCCAUCGAAGCCUCCCAGACUUCUAGCUUCUCCCCAGAUGGAACUGGUGUCUGGCUCUCCCAGGCCAAGCAACACCAUCAUACCCAGGUGAUUGUGCGACUUCCAGGCCCACCCAGGAACACCCACGGGUGGAGCAGAGAAACGCGGAGAUGUGGACGGACUCUCUUCAGAAGCUUUAUUCUCCCCGGGAGGGGCAUGCCUCACCCAGCCAAGGGCUGCUUCUGACUGGACAGAGGGCGUC